AUGGCGGUGGGAUGGUUUUACCUGUCUGUGCUGGCACUGUGCUCCCUGGGCUCGAUGUGCAUCCUCUUCACCAUCUACUGGAUGCGGUACUGGCAUGGUGGCUUCGCCUGGGAUGGCAGCAUACUCAUGUUCAACUGGCACCCGGUGCUCAUGGUUACAGGCAUGGUGGUACUCUACAGUGCUGCAUCGCUGGUCUACCGCCUGCCCCAGUCAUGGGUAGGGCCCAGGCUGCCCUGGAAGUCCAGCCAUGCGGCCAUGCACCUGCUGGCCUUCCUCCUGACGGUGCUGGGGCUGCACGCGGUCUUUGAAUUUCACAACCAUGCAAAGAUCCGCAAUCUCUACUCCCUGCACAGCUGGCUGGGCAUCACCACCGUCUUCCUCUUCGCCUGCCAGUGGUUCCUGGGCUUCUCGGUCUUCCUGCUGCCCUGGGCAUCCAUGUGGCUGCGCAGCCUCCUGAAACCGAUCCAUGUCUUCUUUGGAGCCUCCAUUCUCUCUCUGGCCAUUGCGUCUGUCAUUUCUGGCAUUAACGAGAAGCUUUUCUUCAGUUUGAAAAAUGGCACCAAGUCAUACUCCAACUUGCCCAGUGAGGCUGUCUUUGCCAACUGCGCUGGGAUGCUGGUGGUGGUCUUCGGGCUGCUGGUGCUCUAUAUCCUACUGGCAUCAUCUUGGAAACGCCCAGAACCAGGGAUGCAGGCCGAGAGAGAGGCCCUGUUGCAUGGUGGGGAGUGA